UGAAAAAUUUAAACAAAAUCGCAAAAAUUAUUUUCUGACAGAAUCGGUUAUUUCAGCUGUUUUGGGAAUGUUUUUAAGAAUUUUUUUACCGAAAAACACACAAAAUUUUACUCGUGUUUUAACAAAAUGUCCAUAAAACUUUGCUAGAACGAAAAAAAAUCUAGUAAUCUAAUUAGAAUAUUAAUUAUGAAAGUGAGUUAAAUUUCCUGAAGACGGUGAAUAAAUUUUUCGCUUCCUGCUCUUACAAGAAUUAAUAAUUAAAUCAGCUCAUUAAAAACGCAAGUUUUAACUGUGGUAACACCCCUUUGCCAUCACCAUAACAAUAACGCCCCCUUCCCUCAACCCGUCCACAUAAAUAAUUUAUAAUCCUCUCCUACAACGUUUCACCCACCCUAUUAACUCACCUCCUCAUCUCCAUAUCUCUCCGACACCACAAAAGAAUUUUUUUUCCUUGAGCAACAAAAAAUUAUUACAUUAUCUGCUGCUUGUGAACAUUCCGAGUUCUUCGACCCACUGACUGACUCACGAAAACAUUUAAAAUAAUCCGAUAAUUAAAGACGACUAGAAACGCGUAUCGAAAGAAGAACCUGUUCUUCGUUUCGUCUUCACCCCGAUGCAGUCAAUUGUGGGGAAAAAGAGAAAGAUAUAUAUUUUAGACGAGGUGCUGCAUUCCAAACGAAGGGUUAAAAAACCACGAAGGGAGUCACAGACAGUGAUUUUCGGUUUCAUUGUCCCAGUGCAAGGUGUUUCGAGUAACAGGUCGAUGGUGGUUGUUUAGCUGUCAAGAUGCACGAAAUAGAGCUGUUUUGAUUAGUAGUUGGUUGAGCUUUUGAAAAUGAGUGGGGUCUUGACGGUGUUCUUGCUGCUUGCAGCUCUGUCAAACACCCUUUCUUACCCCACCUCCCACCCCUUACCCGACCGCGUUUUCACCCCCACCACCACCCCCAACAAAACCGUCUCCGACCUCGUCCAACGCCAAACCGACACAAUAAAACAAAUUAUUUCAAACCACAAUCGUGACUAUCCCAUCAUUACCAAAUACCCUGCUGAUGACAAACAAAAAAAACCCGAAACGUCAUUAGAAGACCUCAAAAUCAAAUGCCAACACUUGGCCCGUCUCGCCACCACGCCACCGCCCCGUAACACCACCCCCAGCGGCCAUUACAUCACCGCCGACGGUGUCACCAUCCCCAAAGCCGCCCCCGUUAAAUACAUCAAACUCGAGCCUGUUAUUUUACAAAAGACGAUAAUGAGCGACGGACGCACGGUUUACUAUUGGCAUAAAAGUAUCCCGAGUCAGAUUGCUCCCGCCCCCACAACGACGCCGCCCCCGACGACAAGCGCCGUCCCCGGUGGUUAUAAUUUUCGUAAUUUUUUUCCGUCGUUUUACCCGAUUGGAGGCUCUGAAUCGGUUAGUCAGACUACAACAGAGAAAACGACAACCACGGAAAAACCGCCCCCAGAAGAAGGGGUGCACUUGUACCAACAACAAUUGAAAUUUGUGGUUCCGGUGCCGUAUUCACCACCGGAAGAACAAACAGUGAGGAAACCGUGGGAUUUUGACCAGUUUGCCUAUUAUCCGAAACCGCUUCAACCGGAAAAUGUUAAUUUGCAAGUGCCUUAUGUGCCCACCUUUCAUGUGAUCAAGGCAGUGGCAAUCCCUGAUCAAUAUGAAGGGGGCGAAGACGUCUGAUCAACUGAUUUGGUCACAACUUUUUAAUUAAAAAGACUGAUUAUUGUAAUGUAUAUUUUUUAAUUCAUUAUUUUAUUGGCUUAAAAAUUAUGUAUGUUACUCGUGUUCUUAUAGGUUUAGAGUUUAAAAAAGUAUACUAUAUCUGAUUUUUUUAUUAUUAUUAUGUAGUGGGGUCGGUUUCGUGCAAUUAAAUGUACAAAAAAUUGUCUUUCGAAUAAAGUUUUUUUGA